UUCACUACCACCCAGUGCCUGUCUUAACUCCUGCCUGAAUGCAACACAACAGUCUCCCUUCUUCAACUUCCACCAUUUGAUCUUCUGUUCUGCCUUCACUCACUUCACUAGAAGCGAGUGAAGGCAGAGUGAUGUCACUCGGUGCUGCAAAGUGGAAAACCAUUAAGUCAGCCACGCACAGAUCACCGAAGACAUAACCGACCAUCGAUCAGACGACACGCUUCCAAGGUUGCCAUCACAGACCAUGGCAGACAACAUAUUUUAUGUGGCUCUGCUCCUUUCCCUGCACAGCUUUGCCAUGGCAGAAAGAGCAGAAAAUUCACAUUGCUACAGAAUUGAGCCAGGGACCAUGGCUGGUGUCAUCACUGCAGAUGUGGUGUUGACUAUUGUCACUGUCAUUGUCACCUACGUAUGUGCCAGCCGUCGGCGUUGGAGGAAAGAUAACGCGAAUGCAGUGUACAUGAACGUUAGGGCAAACUGCAAGAUUUGAUAAACCACGAAGACUGAAGACAUCAAAUAGAGGGAUGAUGCUACGGGACACUGGGAAGUCUUACUUUACUUUUACUGAAGAAGCAGAAAGUCCUGGAUUACCAGCGUGUCAGAACGCCUGCUGGUUUUUUUGGGGUUUUUUUUUUUUUUUUUAACCGGUGUAUACAAUGCAAAUUAAGAUAAAACUCAGGUGUUUUGAAUGUGACUUGUUCAGAAUACAAAAUGUUUUUUACAAGGAAUAUUUUUUCUUUAUAAUAAACUUUUUAAAUAUGAGUAUCACUUGGAAUUUCUUAAAACGUCUUCCACGAGACAUCUCAAAAGAUAGCUAGAAACUACCCCCCCCCAUUA